UGUAUUAAAAGGAGCUCUUUUAUCACCACCUGAUAAUGUAUUCACUGCAUUUUUUUUUUUUUUUCAUUUUGAAAGUUAUAUAGCCAUGGAGGUGGAGCAAGGCGGUGCCGUGGUUGCCAUUGGGCGGGCGGAGAUCGAUACCCGGCCACCUUUUCGGUCAGUUAAGGAGGCUGUGAUGUUGUUCGGAGAAAAAGUUCUAGUUGCAGAAAUUUAUGGCAAUAAGCUCAAAGAGAUGAAAAUUCAGCAACGAGAAAGUGGAAAAAGUCAAUCCAAGACUGCAACCUUAACAUCAGAGCUAGAAGAAACAAAGCAAAACCUACAAAAAGUUAAAGAGGAAGGCAAUUCAAUGUCGCACAGCAUAAAAGUACUUAAAGAAGAGCUUGAAAAAACAAAACAAGAUCUGCAUUUGCUCAAAGUAGUAGAGUCUGAUAAGCAACAAUCAGAGCCUGAUGUAAAAGAUUUCAAGUUCAUAAAAAAAACAACCAAAAUGGAACUAGAGCCAAAGCCUGAAGAGUUUCAAAAGAAGAAAUAUGUGAAUUUUGCUAGUUCACCUUCAAUAGCUCAAGUUACUGUCAACAAAGAGGAAGUGAUGGAGAAACCAAUACCAAUUAAGAAAGUUAGAAGGAAAGUAUCGAUCACAGUGAUUGGAUGGCUUUUUUCAAAGAACAAAUGACUUUUCAAAAUACAUUAUUAGUUAUGGUUUACGAGAAAAUAAGUAUUAUUGUGAUUAUUGAUUUUCUACAGUUCGGUGAAUGUUUUGUUGGAUUCAUUAGUUUAAAAAAAGUUAUAAAUUUGUACUAAAACUUCAAAAGCUAUGUUUAGGGAAUGAAAGUAAAAUUAUGAUUUUGGUC